GAUGGAGACUGGAGACACAAGUGUAAAAGUUGGUAUACGUAUCCGACCGCUCUCAGACAAUGAAGUUACUGAUGGCUGUUCCACUUGUUUAUCAUAUCCUAAUGAAGAGGGUCGGAUAAUAAUUGGGAAUGAUAAGCUCUUCGGUUUUGAUUUUAUUUUCAAAGAGACGGAUUCUCAGGAGUUUGUUUAUAAGAAGGCAGCGCUCCCAAUGGUUGACACUGUCCUCAAAGGAUACAACGCUACUUUGUUUGCGUACGGUCAGACUGGGAGUGGGAAGACAUAUACAAUGGGUACGUAUGUUACUGAGAACCUACCCGAAGAUUCUGUCGGCAUUGUUCCUCGAAUUAUUGGUGAUUUGUUCGAGAGGAUGUCGGAUUAUGAGUAUGAGUAUGCAGUGAAAGUCUCAUUUCUGGAGAUAUAUAAAGAAGAUAUACAUGAUUUGCUGGCAGAAGAUGCAUCUGCCCCUCUACAGAUUCGUGAAGAGAACCAACUCGUGAAGAUUCCUGGACUGACUGAAACAUCGGUCACUUCGCCGAAAGAAGUCCUUAGUCUUCUUGAAUCCGGCUCAGCAAAACGAAGUGUUGGUAGUACUUCCAUGAAUAUGAAGUCUAGUCGCAGUCAUGCCAUCCUAACACUUAGCUUUUUGAUGCGACCUAAGACAACGGAGUCGAGUGUGGAGAACGCAGGAGACACGCUGACCGCUAAGCUGCAUUUGGUUGACUUGGCUGGUUCUGAACGCAUUAAGAAAACACAUGCUGAAGGGGAUCGACUUAAAGAGGGUAUUGAUAUUAAUAGGGGUCUACUUGCACUUGGUAAUGUGAUAAGUGCUUUGUGUGAACGGGAUGCAAAGAAACGAUUGCAUAUUCCUUAUCGUGAUUCUCGUUUAACUCGUCUACUUCAAGAUUCAUUGGGUGGGAAUAGCGCAACUUUAAUGCUUGCAUGCGUAAGCCCUGCAGAUAUGAAUAUGGAAGAGACAUUGAAUACUCUAAGGUAUGCUGAUCGAGCACGUUUAAUUAAAAAUAAACCGAUUUUAAAUCGUGCUGAUCCAAAAGAUGCAGAACUAGCUAAACUUCGUACAUUGGUGGCUCAAUUACAAACACGACUAGCUAACGGUGGUUCAUCUUUCCCACCUUUGAGUCCAUGUCCAAAAAGUAUCCAAGCAUAUACAUCUAAUUCUAAUUGUACUGGGAGUCAUUUCUCUUCAGAAAUAAUCACAAAUCUUAUGGAUAAGACAAAAAGAUUAGAGGGUGAGAAACUGUUACUCUGUGAAGAAUUGGAUCGAGUUGUUGGAAAAAUGAAUGAACUAUACAAGAAAACUUUUGACUAUGAUAAUCUAUGGGAUGGAUUGUUUGGUGAAUGUCAGAAGAUUGAAUGUGUUAUUGGAUCUUUGAAAUAUUUAAUUGAGAAGAAGCUAGAUGGGAAUACUGAAAUGAUGUGCUGUAUUGGAGAUUUGGAGGAUAUUUUAACAGAAAUUAAACGACUGUGUCCAUCAGAAGGCAAUGAAAUACCGAACGAGGAUUAGAGCAUGCGUAUAAACAGUCUUCGGAUUUUCUGGCUGAGGUUAAUUCACUGCAUACAUGUUUAGGUAUGGAGGAUAGUGAAUUUGUGAAGACAACAUUAGAGAGGAAUAAUGAAGAGGAUAUCAUUAAGAGUAACGGGAACAAGGAGAAUGUGAAAGGCAGUGAUAUAGGCAAGUUGCAAGUUGUUGAUGGAUGGGUUUGUAAACUACGUGUACGGAGGUUAGAAUGUAAAGAGCGUAUUGAGACUAUUGAGGCUAGUAUACGCGAGAAAAAUGAUCUUUUGAGGAGUUUGGAGACUGCUGGAGAACAAGGUGAAGAGUCGUACUGUUUACUGUUGAGAAAAUAUGAGUGUGAAAUGCGUGAGUUGGAAUCACGUAUUAGAGAUUUGGAGUUGGAGAAGAGGAGACUUGUGAGUGAACAGAAGAAUGAAGAUUUGAAAGAGUAUGUUAUAACGCGUAUGUGUGUAUUAUCAUGUGAAGUUUUACUGUUUUCGAUGUGAGUAACCUUUUUGUAUUUGUAUUUCGCUGUUGCCUGACUUCUGUGGAUAGGAGAUGAUAUAUGAGUAACGAUGGGUUACUACUUUGACAGUGUAUGUUGUGUCGAGCAGAUGUGAGAGAAGGAGACAUGCUCAUCUUGAGGUAUUUCUACUUGUUAUUUUGAAAAAAGAUGAUUGGAAUGUUAUUGUGUUGACUGAGGAUGAUUUUGUUUCAUGUUGGCAUCCACGAUUAUUUCAUCGGAUUGGUACUGUUUAAAGGUCGAGCAAUAAAUUUUGCAGGAAACGAUGAAUUUGUUGUAUUUCAUCGCCUUCUUUUCAACUGCAUACUACAGGCUAUGAAAUCACAAGAUUUAUAUGAAGGCGAGAGAAGUUCGAUGGUCAUAAUUCAGUUAUCAAGAUGAUGGUGGUCCAUUGAUGACAUAAGGGAGGUGUAUUGGUACAGAUUAUGGAAGUUGUAAUGAAGUAAUUCACGAUAACUAAAAUGGAAGUGAUAUCUUUGUUUAUGUAGUGAGACUGGCAUCUUGCUGAAUGUGAGGAAUAGGAGUUGGGUGGAAUAGAAAGUGUUACGAAGGUGAAUGUGAUGAGUUGAGUAUAAAGUGAGAAUUGUUUUUGCAUGGUUUAAUGUGAAGUAGUAAACUUGUGAAGAUGUUAUAGGAAUUCCUUGUGAAAGGGGGGAUAAAAGUAGAGAGAGAAUUUUGGAAGUGGUUAUACUGAAUGAAGAAACAACUCAAUUGGGUACUGUGUAAGUUGGAGGCUUACAACUGCGUUUAUUUGAUGCAUGAGUUAGGUUUAAUUGUUCUGAUGGGAAUAAAUUGUGUUAUUCUUAGUAAGUUAGGAUUGUUUUGUUUGUUGUUG